AUGGACAGCAGCUGCACCCCACCUGCCAAGCGGCUCAAAGCGGGGAUGCACAGCGUCCCCUGCAGCGCCAGGCAGGGGCAGCCGCAGCAGCAGCCCAGAGCUCUGGAGAAUGGCACCGCUCCCAGCAAAUCUGCAUCCCCGCAGCCAGGGAGGGGAAAGAAGAAGGCAGGACCGCCGAUCCCCGCCACGCAUGUGGCACCGGCAGUGGAACGGCCUGCCAGGAAGCGACGGGCCGUCUCCUUCCCUCCGGGAUCGGUGGAAGCUGCCAAGCCGGUGUUACAGAAAAGGAGGCGGCUGACAGCAGCAGAUGUUGGAGCUCCUGCAGCCUGGAGGGUGAUGAUGUCCCUGAAGUCUGGGCUGCUCGCUGAAAGCACGUGGGCCUUAGACACCAUAACUGCCCUGCUCCACGAUGACAGCAGCGUCGCGUCCUUUGACCUUAGGCAGGUGGGUGCAGAUGCUCAGCACCGAGCGCUCGCUGAGCUGUGGAUUUCCAUGUGGUUGGUGUGCAAGCGCGUGGUGUCUCCUCUCUGGUGGGACGUGUCUCCUCUAACGUGUCGCAGAAAGGGAACCGUGGUGGGGAGGCCAAGAGGGGCUUUGCAGCAGAGCGCUGUGAAGGGCUGAAGGCUGCUCGCCUCUCCUGGUGCAACAGCUCUGUCUUUGCACACGGGUCAGCGUGCAGCGUGGCUUGGAUGCCUCUAGAAGGGGCAGCCUGUCUCCAUGAUUUGCCUCGUGCCUGCAAGGCUGUUGUAAAAACUGUUGCACUGUACUUUAGAGGCUGCUCUGCUUAGCAUUGCCUCUCUCCUGUGCGUUACUCAGAGAGGAGACAAAAACCGAGAGCAUGCAUGUUUGCACAGGUACGAGCAGGCUGGAUCCUGACAUUCAGGGACCCUUGUUUCUGUUCCGAGCGGACAGAAAGCUCUCUUUUGCAAAGAGCUUAUUGGCAGAAUGAAAAGAUUCCAUUAAUAAGCGGCUCCUCAAGAUCUCUGCCCUUUAUGCAGUGGUUGUCCAAUUGCUCACAGCGACCUCAGAAUUAUUUUGUGGUCACUGAUCCAUCUUUCCUUCCUUCCCCUCCCGUUUUUCUCCUCCCCCAUAGCUGCCCGGCCUGCUGGAAGUCCUGGUGGAGUAUUUCCGGCGCUGCCUGAUUGAGGUCUUUGGAAUCCUGGAGGAGUACGAGGUGGGUAUUUGCCCAGGGCAAAGCUCACUG